GUGGCGUGGAGUGUGGCAGCCAUUCAUUCGUCACCUAAUCCGAAUGAUCCGUACGCCCAACUACCCAACAAAUUCUACUACUCGCCCCGUCGCCCGCUACUCUCUUUCACUCACUCUCUUUCCAUUUCCCUGUAAAUAUCACACCCUUCAAUUCUGCCAUGGCAGUUGUACUGGAAGCUCUCACUACAGUUCCUCGCUCCUUCCCUCUCACGUCGGUCUCAUCCUCAUUGGCUCCCGUCGCCGCCUCUUCCAUCUCCUGUAGGUUAAACUCCGUUCGGUUCUCCCACUUCCGCGGUCUUAAGAUCCAACCGCCUCGCUCAAUCGUUUCCACCUCUAAAUUACCUCCACGCGGAAGCCCCAUCGUCUGCGAGGCUCAGAAUACCGCAGUUGAAGUAGUGGCUCUUGUGAGUGAUGAAACAUGGAAGUCAUUGGUGCUGGAGUCCGACAAAGCUGUUCUGGUGGAGUUUUGGGCUCCAUGGUGUGGUCCAUGCCGCAUGAUUCAUCCGGUGAUUGAUGAAGUGGCAAAGGAAUAUGCAGGGAAGCUGAAAUGCUACAAGGUGAACACAGACGCGAGCCCUACGAUUGCAACCAACUAUGGGGUUCGAAGCAUCCCAACCGUUAUGAUUUUCAAGGAUGGGGAGAAGAAGGAGGCCAUCAUCGGUGCAGUUCCCAAAUCCACAUUGUGCACCUGCAUAGACAACUUCUGUUAGAUCACUCACUCAACUUCUCAUCUUGCCCUUCCUUCUGCUGCUCUAUUGGCCACUGCUAAAUCUCCUAUAAUCCUGCAUACUUGAAUACCACUCCUGUACGUACUGUUAGUUUAUGAGAAUUUAUACUGUGCCUUGCUUUAAUUUACUGUGUUAUAUAUUUGGUGGAAUUGUAUCUCGUGUUUGAAAUAUAAUGUUGAAAACAGUACAAUUCUAUCAAAUAUA